AUGGCGACUUCCACGGGACGAGAUGGGAAGGCUGUGGUCUCCUCAGAUGUGGAUCUUUUACUGCACCCUGAGCUGUUGUCUCAAGAGUUUAUGCAGCUAAUCCUGAAUGAGAAACAUGUCAGUACCACAGACUGCGAAAGCCGGGACCGGCUCACAGAGCUUUACCUCCGUCAUGUCAUCCCGCUCCCGCAGAGGACUUUACCCAACAGCCGCUGGGGCAGGAGAAUGGAGAAGAGCCGAGGGAGGCAGACCCCGGCCGGUCACAGAUCAGACAGUAACGACCACAAUAGGAAAAGGCCUCUCAUUGUGUUUGAUGGCAGUUCCUCUUACUCGGGCCUGCUAAAAGUAAAGAAACCAGAGGGAACCAGCCUGUCAACAGGAAUCACAGACAGGUUAAAACCUCCGCCUGCUGCAAACCUCUCGAACCCCAUCCGAAGGCUGUCUGGAAACACAUCUUCCUCUUCCUCAUCCAUCCAUCGCAGCAGUGACACAGACACAAACCUCAAACGAGAAGCAAACAGCUCGGAUGCAAUGAAGUCUCCAGAGGUGAAGAAAAAGAUCCAGCAUGUGACAUGGCCCUGACCCCUGUUCACACAGACCUGAUGAGAGCGCAGGCCCUAAAGGACAGACCACUCCCCUCCCACCAAAUGAUGUUUCCCACUGCCCGUACUCUCCCCAUCAUACAAUAGUUCUCACACUAAUUGCAUCACAAAAGGGAAUGCAAACCCUUUUUACCUGUGUGUGUCAAGGCCACCUCACAGCUCUCAUUCCGCUCUGAGAGCUGACAGGAGGGACGGUGCUCUGGAGACCUCCACAACAACCUCAAGUGCCCUUACCAUCAAUGAUCAGCAACUCUCCUCAGCUCCCACACAUGGAGACCUCCAACAGGACAAAACAAGUAACAUGAGUUUUGUUUUCUGAAGUACCAUUUGAGGAGAUUCUGGCCUUUGAUGCUCUGUUUCUGUGCACACAUUGGUUUUAGUAAGAGGGCCUCCAGUACUGAUUUGCAAGGAUGAGUCCUGGGCUUUGUUUAUAAUUUAGCAAUUGGUAGUUCUGUGACUUGAAUAGCGUUUUUCUCUGGUAUACCUUUUUAAAGAACACAAACCACAGGUUCUGCUGAACCUUAUGCUGAAAUUUUAAACUGUUUUUUUUGUGAACUUCAUUCCACUGAGUUUUGGCUUUAUUCAAACCUCAGUGCUGUUUCACAAUUUGCUGAGGGUUUGAAAAUAUUAGUGUAGGGUUGUAUUGUGCUUAUGUUGCACAUAACAUUGAGAUGAAAUGAUUUUCUUGUAUACCUGGAUCAUAAUCCACUGCUAAAUAACCGUUUUGGCACAGAAGAAGCAGAUAUUUGAAUAGCACCCUUUAAUAAUUCAGGCAAAAGAAAGGAAUAUGGACUAAACAAAAAUAUUGUCUUUUUGAAGUCUAUUUAUUUGGAAUUGUGGAUAAAUUGACUUUGCAGUUACAGUCUUUGAAAUGGAUGUAGAUAGGAACAAGAUUCACAAAGCAUUUUGAAUCCAUUCUCAAAUCCAGUCUCAUGUUUGUACCAACACCAUUUUAAAUAAAUCGUCUCAAUACAAUGAAUCACUUUUGUUGAUUUAAUUACAGUAGAAAACUAAUCAUCUUUGUAACCAAUGUUAUUCUGCUGGUAUUGUAAUAUACACAGUAUUUAAUGUACUCUUAAAAUAAUAUUGUUGCAACAAAUCAUAAGGAAAAAUUCCUUUUAAGGCCUUAGACCCACCUAUCUGCAGUAACUUUCACAUUCAAUUCUGAAAUUCAUGUGAUUUCAUACACAGCUAUAGUUAGCAAUUAUAAGAGUAAAGACACAGUUAUUAUAUUUAAUUUGUGAUUUCAGAACUCAUUCACAAAACGUCUACUAAUUACAGUAUCAAGCUAAUCCAUGCACAAAGCAGUAGUUACUAUUACACCUCAAAGCGGAUAGUCUACCUUAAUAUUGUAGAUUUAUUUCAAAAUGCUUCAUAUAUUGUCUAUCUGCAAACAUGUUGGUAUUUCAGAAGAUAAUCUCUUAACAUUUA